GGUAGCCUUCCGUCUGAGCGUAUGGUAUGUGUGGUUGAGAGGAACGGCUCAGUCAUUGACGAUCACUGACACAGCGAUUGGGCGGGCGUUGAGACCGAUGUGUUUCCGCCAGUGUUGCCAACGGAUGAAUACCGUGUAAUACAUCACUGUUUGCGCACUCAGUCUCUGCCCUAACAGUGAACCCAUAUCUUGCACUGCAUUUCUCGCCAUUUCUAUGCCUAAUGUUUGCCUCGCAUUCAAAAAGUGUCUACAAAUUGUCUACUUAUAGCCAAUUGCUAUCGUUUCGCAUCUAAUACUACCCCAACUCUGGACUAAUUGACGGCAAAUAAGUUUUUUGCGGCCAAUAAUCGGCCAAAAGUGUGCGAAACAAGUGUUUUGUGAGACUAUUUAGUGGUGUUUAUAACGUAUAUAACGGUGUGUUUUAUUUGAGAGCCAACGCAACACAACCGUCGCCUCUGUAUGUGUUUUGUAGGCAAAAGGCAUUCAAAUACAUAACACAUUGAAUAUAGCAUUGCAUUACACGUAAGGCUUUGCAGGAGAGAGAGAGAGAGACGACAAGCGAUGGCCUCAAUAUCGUCGCAGAGAAAGCAGAAACGGAGAGACAAAGUGAGCGCAACGGCUACUCAACAGCCCUCAGCGCCGACACCACAGCCAACGCACAGUUCGCCCAAAAAAGCCCGACUCGACGACAAGUCCGGCGUAAAGGUUGAGCCCAAAGAUCUCAAUGAUAAGGCCGUUAACAGCAACGCGACCCUCGGCUGGCCGUCGGAUGACUUGAACACAUUGAUCAACAAUUUGGCCAAAUGUUUGCCGAAGAAUGACUCUGCUAAGUUUUCCACAUUGAUUGAGAAACUCGAUUGGGAAAAAGUGCGGUUCGACUCCUAUUCGGCCAAACAAUGCAAAGACAAGUGGUUUGAAGUGAUGAACAGAUUGCGCCGAUACCGGACGCUGACCGAUAUGGUGACGGACGCGCGGGUGUGGUUGAAGGCGCCCUGGCAGACGUACAACAACGCCAAAAAGGUGAAACACCCGGACCUACCAAAGAAGCCGUUGACACCAUUCUUCCGAUACUUCAUGGAGAAGAGGGAGAAGUCGGGUAAAUCACAUCCCGGUUCCAGUGUUACCGAUUUGGCCAAACUAUUGUCGGGAAAGUUUGCGCAACUGAACGACCGAAAGAAACAGAAAUACAAAGACGCUUACGAUAAGGAGUACAACGAAUACAAAGUGAAACUCCAGAAGUUCAAAGUGGAUCACCCGGAGGUGGAGUUCGGCACAAUGAACAAGACUCAGUCAUCGCACGGUCACGCGCAGGAGGGGCCACCCAAACCUAAGACACCCAUUCAGCUCUUCAUGGAGGAGAAGACGAAGAAGAUUGCGCCCAACAGUGAGGGCCGCAAAGAGGCGGUCGACAAGAUCCGACACACGUGGUCUCAGUUGAGCGAAGGCAAGCGAAUCAAAUGGAUUCGCCGUUCGCUGGCCGAUGAGGUGCGGUUCGAGGCGGCGGUUCUCGAGUACCUGAAAGAGCACCCGAGCUUUGAGCCGAACCGUCCGAAAUCGGUUCUGACUAAAAACGAAAAGGAAUUGAAAGACAAGUUCGACGGCAAACCCGAACGGCCGCCCAAUUCUGGCUACAGUUUGUUCUCAAAGAUUAUGUUAAGAGAACUGAAAGACAUUGCGUCCAAAGAGAAGAUGGUUGUGAUCGCCAAACGAUGGAAAGAACUCUCGGAGUCGGAACGGCUCGGCUAUAACAGAGAGGCACAGAAGGCGAACACGAAGUAUAUCGAGAAGUUUAACGCAUAUUUGGAUUCAUUGCCCGAAUCGGAAAAGGCGAAGGUUUUGAGCGAAAACAAACUGAAACUUCCGUCCGAAAAGAAACUGAAACAACAACAGAAUUUGCCUAAACUUCAGACGCCUGUCAACGCAGAACAGGUCGAGGAUCCCAACGCUAAAGAGACGGCCGCUAUCAUGAACUACCAGUUCGAUAGAGUGCCUGUACUUCAGGCCAAAUACCCCGAGAAGAGUAAACAGGAAAUACUGAAACUCACGUUUCAAGAGUGGAACACAAAACUCAAUGAGAAAAAGAAAGCUAAAUAUUAUAAACAGACGGAAGCGUUCACACAAUUGAUGCCAUCGACGAAAGGAGAGCCGUCGAGUCCGACCAAAUCACCGCAACCUAAAGGGAGGGCUUCGCCGUCCAGACAGGCGCUGCUCAAGAAGGAGCCCAAAAGACCGCCAAAGAGCGGAUACGCUUUGUUCACAUCCGAGUUGUUGUCCACUCUUACAGGCAUUGAACCGAAGAAACGGAUGCAAGAAAUUGCCCGAAAAUGGAAUCACGAAAUCACUGAAACACAGAAAAAGAACUUUGAUUUGAGGGCCAAACAGAUGGCCGUUGACUACCAGAAAGAGUUGACCAAAUUUACAGCCUCUUUGAGUUCAGCGGAAUUGAGUGAAUAUCAGGCCAUUCAGAGCGAGAAGGCGAGACCCAAAGCGAGGGGCAAAAUUGAACUCAAUUUAUUUUUUAGUCUAUACCUAGGCCAACACCUGCUGAGCUUCGUGAUUGAGACCAUCGACGUCGCGACCACAGGAAAUGCGGCCCAAUCUUCCGAUGAGAGCGAGGAUUCAGACAACGAAUCUGAAGAUAACGACGAAGAGGCCGAAGACGAGGAAAACCAGGAACAGGAAGGAGAAGAAGAAGAGAAUGAAGAGGAAAGCGGAGAAGAGGAGGAAGAAGAAGAGGAGGACGAAGAAGAAGGAGAUGACAGCGAAGAGUCGAGCGAUUAG